AACAACAACGCCACGUUACGAUAACAAGUGAAGCUACGAUACGACAAUACGGCAAAAUCAAUCGUCAAAACUCAAAUACGAUUGUGUGUGAAAAUCUUCACUUAACUACAAUUCAUUUCAUACGAGUAUAAUUGCAGCGGCGAUCCGGUACGGCCAGUUCAGUCAGUGUCAGUAACUCAGUAACGGCGCAAACGCAAUGUGUUCAACAGUAAAUUUCGCGCUAUUCGCGAUCGCUUUCGCCGGCAUCGUCGCCAACUGCCAGGCAACGACAGUGUCGGGUCGCAUUUUGGGCGGUGAGGAUGUCGCAUCCGGUCAGUUCACUUUCGUCGCUUCGGUACGUUUGGAUGGUGCGCAUGUCUGUGGUGGCAGCAUUAUUGGCAAACGGCAAAUCUUGACGGCGGCGCAUUGUGUUGUCGACGACAACAACAAAGUUGUCGCCUCCAAUCGUGUCUCGGUGCGCGUUGGCAGCAUCAAUCAGUUUGCCGGUGGCAAGAUCAUCUAUGCCGAUUCCAUUGCUGUACAACCCGCGUACACAUACAUACACAAUGAUGUCGCUGUAAUCCAAUUGAACAGUGACGUUGUGGUGGGCAGUAAAAUCUCCAUAAUUCCACUCGCCACCAGCGCCGAUCAAUUGCCCGCUGUUGGCACUAAACUCUCCGUUGCCGGUUGGGGUGAGCAGACGUCUGGUGCGGCACCAUAUAAACUACAAUCGGUCGCAUUCUCGGCGGCCAGCGAAGAGGAUUGCAAGAAGGGCUUCCCCGAAACUGAUGAGACCACAUUCUGCUUGGCGCACAAUCUGAAGGAGGGCAGUUGUCUGGGUGAUGCCGGUAACGGUGUUGUCUACAACAAUCGUUUAGUUGGUGUAGCAAGCUUUGUAGUGGGCGCAUGCGGUUCGCGUUAUGCCGAGGUGUUCGUGAAUGUCUCACACUUUGCCACAUGGAUCCAGGGUCAAUUGUGAGUUUAGCGCGGGGAGUUGGUGUAAUACUACAGUAAUAAUAUGUAAUAGUAAAGCGAAUAAAUUUUGAAGGUUUUUAAUAAAAAGUA